AUUACGCUUCCUGGAAUUUCUACGUAGUUGGGCACUCGCAGCUGCUCUCUGGGCCCUCCGGUGCUGUUUGGAGGCUGAGCCAGUGGGUCAAGGGAAGCCAUGCAAACCAUCCCUGUUGUGGGCUUGGGCACCUGGAAGGCCUCUCCAGGAGAAGUGGUCGAUGCAGUUAAGACCGCUAUCAACUUUGGGUACCGGCACAUUGACUGUGCUUACUUAUACCACAAUGAGGGUGAGGUCGGAAUGGGAAUCAAUUCCAAGAUCAAGGAGGGUGUGGUGAAAAGAGAGGAACUGUUUGUUGUCAGUAAGCUGUGGUGCACCUACCAUAAGAAGUCUUUGGUGAGAACAGCAUGCACCAAUACCCUGAAGGCCUUAAACUUGGAUUACUUGGACCUCUACCUCAUACAUUGGCCCAUGGGUUUCAAGCCCGGAGAUAAAGAUGUGCCUUUGAAUUGCAAUGGCCUGGUAAUACCCAGUAAUACCAGCUUUUUGGACACAUGGGAGGCCAUGGAGGACCUGGUGACUGAGGGACUGGUGAAGCACAUUGGGGUGUCAAACUUUAACCAUGAACAGCUUGAGAAACUUUUAAACAAGCCUGGUUUGAAGUUUAAGCCAAUCACUAACCAGAUUGAAUGCCACCCAUAUCUUAACCAGAAGAAUCUGAUUGAGUUUUGCCAUAAUAGAAAUGUGUCUGUGACAGCUUACCGUCCUCUUGGAGGUUCAAGAGAUGGGGCUGAGUUGUUGGAUGACAUUGUCAUUCGCAAGAUCGCAAAGAAGCAUGGGAAAUCUGCUGCUCAGAUUGUGAUCCGAUUUCAGAUCCAAAGGAAUGUGAUAGUAAUUCCGAAAUCUGUUACCCCAAGUCGGAUUAGGGAGAAUUUCCAGGUAUUUGAUUUUGAAUUAACAGAAAAAGAUAUGGAGGAACUCCUCAGCCUAGACAAGAACCUCCGGUUGGCCACAUUCCCCUUAACUGAACACCACAAGGACUAUCCUUUCCAUAUAGAGUACUGAUGACAGCUUCACUCAGCCCCCUUUGUUCUCAGGCCACCAAGGUUGGCAACAUGGCUCCACCUCUACAAAGGCUGUGCAGUCUCAGUCAGG